AUAAUGAAAUAUCUGUUGAGUUAUAUGAUAUUGUGGACUUGUUGCAUAAAUCUGACAUUUAUGACAGUAAAUUCAAAUGGAAUAACCGAUAAUUUGGAUUCUGGGAUUGUAAAUGGAAGAGAAGCAAAAGAAGGUGAAUUUCCCUGGAUGGUUGCUUUAUAUUUAAAUGGCACAUUCGCCUGCAGUUCAACCCUCAUUUCUCCAACUAUUGUAAUGACUGCAGCUCAUUGUGUGCAAUUUGAGGACGGAAUUCCACCAGCCACAUCCUUUUAUGGAAUCGUUGGUAACAUCAAUCGCGAAGGUCCAGAAACACGCAUCCAGUUCCAAGAAGUGGUGGCGCAUCCUCAGUUCGAUGCAAAUCAGAGCUUGGAUAAUGAUAUAGCAAUUUUACGAAUGUGCUCUCCACUGGAGAUGGAUAAAUGGAUACAGCCCAUUUGCUUGCCGCAGGAUGAUAGAGCUUUCGAUAUUGAGACUGUACAAACAAUGGGAUGGGGAUCGAUAUACAUUAGGAGAAAUGAUGUUGCAGAAUACAUGACGACGACUGAGCUAUCUAUCCUACCGAGACAUACAUGCAAAGAAAUUUUUGCAAAGCACAAGGACAUCAAUAUAACAAAUAAGAAUAUUUGUGUCUAUUCGCAAAAGCCAACAGGACUUUGCUAUGGGGAUUCUGGAAGUCCAGCAGUUUACAACGAUCCAGACAGUGGUAAGCCUGUGGCUAUUGGAGUGGCAUCUUUCAUUUCGUACUACGGAUGUUUCAUACCUAAAGCACCUAGAGUAUACACGAUGAUUGCUUCAUACAUCAACUGGAUCAAGGAAACAGUCGGUGACCACAAUGACAUCUGCUUUGUAUGA